UUCUUAAACAAUUUUUAUUAAAAAAUUUAAUUAAAAAAACUUGAAAAGUAAUUUAGAAUGAUUAUUUUUGGAGAGUUAUGUGCUCUAGCGUGUGCUGCUUCUUGGGCAGGUGCUUCAAAUUUAUUUUCCCAUUCAGUGAAAACCUACACUCCUAUGGCAUUAAAUUUAGUAAAAGGUGCUGGAUCAGUGAUAAUACUAUUUAUGUUAAUGCUUUUGAUUAACGAUAGCUUAUUUCCAUAAGCUGAAACUUCUCUCUACUUAUACCUGUUUGUAUCUGGUAUUUUUGGCAUAGGAAUAGGUGAUACUUUAUACUUUUAGGCUCUGGAAGUACUUGGGCCAAAUGUUACAAUUUUGAUGGAAACUCUAGCUCCACCAUUUACAGGGUUGUUAGCUUUUGCUUACUAUAAGGAUACUAUUUCGUUUGUUGGAUGGGUUGGUAUUACUCUUGUUGUUCUUGGUAUUUAUUUUGUGGUUCGUAAAAAUUCUUCUGAGAAGGAUUAAUAAUUAUCAGCAAAAGAUAUUGAAACUUAAGCUACUUUUGUAGAAAUACCUCUUAUUCCAUAAGCAGAAUAGCUUUUGCAUUAAUAAACCUAGAUAAAUUAGUAAAAUGACCUAAUUGCAAUAAUAAAAAGCAAAAAAUUUAAAGGGAUAGUAUCUGGUGUAAUGUGUAUGUUUUUCCAUUCAUUUGGUAUGAUUUUAUCACAUGAUGCUUUAAAGACAAAAUAAUUUGACGCCUUAACAAGCUCAUUUUUAAGGCUUAUAGCAGGAUUGGUAUUUAUUGCUAUCGUUAUGGCCUUUAAAAAAUCAGAAAAAUUUUAAAUACCAUAACAAAGCUCAAGGGAUAAUUUGAUCCUUGCCUUAGGUAUAUUAUUAGGACCUAUUCUUUGCAUAGUAUUCUAACAGAUUUCUCUAAUGUACACUCGUCCUGAAAUAGCAUAGACUUUAAUGGGAACUACUCCUAUAUUUACUAUUUUCAUAAGUGCAUGGAAGGGUUAAAAAGUUAGCUAAUAAUACAUAAUAGGUUCAAUGAUAGCACUCUUUGGUGUAAUAUUGAUAGUUUGGAGUAAAUGA